UUAAAUCAAUUUCAGAUACGAAAUUCUACUCAAAGGAUUUCUUUUACCCAGUCCCAGUCGUCUCUUUUUUAAUUUUAUUUUUUCAAUUUCCUUACAUACGGGAGGUCAAUAAUCCAUCCCAAACCAAACUUGCAGAGUUUAGUUGACAUUUGACUUAGAACUGAAAAAAAAUUCCUCCAUCGACAAAACCAAACUCUUGUUUUGUUUUGUGAAGAUGAAUCUAAACUUGAACAUGUUACAACUACGAUGCUUGCAUUUGAAUGCCAAAACUUUCCCCUCAAAAUCUCCAAUUGAUAGCAUCCCACUGUUCCCCCGAAAUCUCUCACGCUCAACUUCAUUAGGAUUCUCCGUUCGUUUCGACUCGAUUUCUGGGUUAAAAUUUAGGAGCUCAAGACAUUUGGUAAUCAAAUCUUUGUCAGAGAAAUUUUCGGGUUCUUUUGAUCAGGAUUCGGAUCAGAAUUAUGUUACUGAACAUAACAAGGAGAAUUAUUUGGUUUAUACAUUGAAGCAAUCAAAUACCCUUUUGCCCCAUGUAGUCAUUGCUAGCACAGUGUUGGCUCUCGUCUUUCCUCCUUCUUUCACAUGGUUUACAAGCAGGUACUAUGCUCCAGCAUUGGGGUUUCUGAUGUUUGCAGUUGGAGUUAAUUCCAGUGAAAAAGAUUUCCUUGAAGCCUUCAAGAGACCAGCAGCUAUUUUGGCUGGUUACAUUGGCCAGUUUGUGGUGAAGCCUAUUCUUGGAUAUAUUUUUGGCAUAAUUUCAGUAACAGUUUUUGGACUUCCUACUGCCAUAGGUGCGGGGAUUAUGUUGGUUUCUUGUGUUAGUGGUGCUCAGCUCUCCAAUUAUGCUACUUUUCUGACAGACCCUCAGCUUGCCCCUCUAAGCAUCGUUAUGACAUCAUUGUCUACUGCUACUGCAGUUGUUGUUACACCACUCUUAUCACUCUUGCUAAUUGGGAAGAGAUUACCUGUUGAUGUUAAAGGAAUGGUUUCCAGCAUUUUGCAGAUUGUAGUUGCACCCAUUGCUGGAGGUUUGCUUUUGAAUCGGUUCUUUCCCAGCUUUUCUAAUGCUAUCCGUCCAUUCUUGCCUCCACUUUCUGUGCUUGUGACAGCUUUCUGUGUUGGAGCACCACUUGCCAUUAACAUUGAAUCCGUUAUGUCCCCUUUUGGUGUAGCCAUUUUGUUGCUCAUAAUUGCAUUCCACUUGUCAGCAUUUGUGGCUGGAUAUGUUCUUACUGGCUUUACCUUCCCUAACGCACAUGAUGUGCAAGCGCUGCAAAGAACACUAUCCUUUGAGACCGGAAUGCAGAGCAGUCUACUAGCUCUUGCACUUGCUAAUAGGUUUUUUCAAGAUCCACUUGUGAGUGUGCCACCAGCAAUCUCUACUGUAAUCAUGUCGUUGAUGGGGUUCUCUCUUGUCAUGCUUUGGGCUAAGAAAAAAGAAUAGCGAGCAAUACAGAGGUCCUGCAAGUGUUGGAUGUAUUGGAAACUUGUACAUCCUUCACACUUCUGUGCAUAGGCUUGAAGUCACCGGAGCUGCUUCGGUGACUUUUGAUCAUUUGAAGAGUUGAACUCACUCAUGGUCCAUCAGAUUUGAUCCUCGUCAUAAGUUACUGGUUUAUUUAUGUAAGAAAGAAUGUAUGUUAUGUGAGAUUCAAGAUUAUGUGAGAUUCAAGAGUAAACAAUUAUGAGACUUGUAAUGCACAAGUCAACUGAAGAUGUUUAGCUGGCAUGAGCUUAUAAUUAUAGAUUAGGAUUAUGGAUUAUGAUUAUAGGAAUAAUUGAUUUUAUGAUAUGUUUGGUACAAUUUAUAAUCUAUUGGAUUAUGAAUUAUCACAA